GCACCCACCACACACACACACACACACACUCACACGCACUCCCUCCUCCAGCCCCACCGCCCUCGCCAUGGCCGCGUCCACCCUGUCCGUCUGCUCCAGCGACCUGAGCUAUGGCAGCCGCGUCUGCCUGCCCGGGGCCUCGGACUCCUGCCCCGACUCCUCCUGGCAGGUGGACGACUGCCCAGAGAGCUGCUGCGAGCCCCCGUGCUGCGCCCCCGCCCCCUGCCUGACCCUCCUGUGCGGCCCCUCCUCCCCCUGCCAGGGAGACUGCUGCACCCCUGCGUGCUGCAAGCCCGUCUGCUGCACCCCUGCGUGCUGUAAGCCCGUCUGCUGCACCCCUGUCUGCUGCAAGCCCGUCUGCUGCACCCCUGUCUGCUGCAAGCCUGUGUGCUGCACCCCUGUCUGCUGCGAGGACUCCCCCUGCUCAGCCCCCUCCUGCUGCCAGCCCAGCCCCUGCUGCAGACCCUCCUCCAGUGUAUCCCUGCUCUGCCGCCCCGUGUGCAGGCCCACCUGCUGCACCCCUGUCUGCUGCAAGCCCGUGUGCUGCACCCCUGUCUGCUGCGAGGACUCCCCCUGCUCAGCCCCCUCCUGCUGCCAGCCCAGCCCCUGCUGCAGACCCUCCUCCUGCGUGUCCCUGCUCUGCCGCCCCGUGUGCAGGCCCACCUGCUGCACCCCUGUCUGCUGCAAGCCCGUCUGCUGCACCCCUGUCUGCUGCAAGCCCGUCUGCUGCACCCCUGUGUGCUGCAAACCCGUGUGCUGCACCCCUGUGUGCUGCGAGGACUCCCCCUGCUCAGCCCCCUCCUGUUGCCAGCCCAGCCCCUGCUGCAGACCCUCCUCCAGUGUAUCCCUGCUCUGCCGCCCCGUGUGCCCCCGCCCUGCCUGCUCCUGCCCUGCCUCGGCCCAGAAGUCCUGCUGCCAGUGA